UGGUGGAGGCUGCAGCUACGUCCGCGCCUGCUCGGCUCCCUAGGACGCGUCGGGCUCCCGGGGUCCGGGGUGGCUUCUUGCUCGGAUACGAGCUGCCCGGCCUUCAGUGAUUGCAGGCAGACUUCGCUACUGCUUCUUCUGCCGCCCCUCACCAGCCUUUGCAGUGCCCUGUGCCCUUGGAGGAGAGUCAGAGAAGAAGCGCCUGGGCCAGGUCCGCUCCUUUGGCACAAGAGACCACUGCCCUCCAGAAACGAUGGUUGUCACUGGACCCAGCUGGGACUCUGCCAGGCUCCAGUGCUCAGUCUAAGGAAAGGGCCCUCUUCCAGCCCUGCUCUCCCUGUCUGUCAUGGCCACACUCAGCUGCUGCCUGCUUGCCUGGGGACAUAGGGCACCCAGCCCCAGCGCUGAGAGGUUAAACCAGGCCCUCUAGCUCCAUUUCACAGGGGCACUCUGGGCACCAGUCCCCUUUCAGACCGAGAGCAACUGAUGCCAUGGGAGAAGCCCCUGCCCAUCUGUUCACUCACCUGGCACUGCCUGCUCUGAGACCCCUACACGGGUCGCCCUGGAGGUGCCAACCCUGUGAACCCCUCCCUGUGCCCUGACACUGAGAAAGCCCUGCCCACCCCCACCAUGUGUGAAGUGAUGCCCACAAUCAACGAGGGGGACCCCCUGGGGCCUCCCCAUGGAACGGAUGCUGACGCCAACUUUGAGCAGCUGAUGGUGAACAUGCUGGAUGAGCGGGAGAAGUUGCUAGAGUCCCUUCGGGAGAGUCAGGAGACUUUGGCGGCGACACAGAGCUGGCUCCAGGAUGCCCUGCAUGAGCGAGACCAGCUCCAGCGCCACCUUAACUCUGCCCUUCCCCAGGAAUUUGCCACCUUAACCCGGGAGCUGAGUAUGUGUCGGGAGCAGCUUCUAGAGAGGGAGGAAGAGAUAUCAGAGCUGAAAGCAGAGCGGAAUAACACAAGGUUGCUUCUGGAACAUCUGGAGUGCCUAGUGUCCCGUCAUGAGCGGUCACUGAGGAUGACUGUGGUGAAGCGUCAGGCUCAGUCACCUUCAGGGGUUUCCAGUGAGGUGGAGGUGCUGAAGGCUCUCAAGUCACUGUUUGAGCACCACAAGGCCCUGGAUGAGAAGGUGCGAGAGCGGCUCCGGGUGGCCCUGGAGAGAGUGACCACCUUGGAAGAGCAGUUGGCGGGUGCCCACCAGCAGGUAUCUGCCCUACAGCAGGAGGCAGGGGUUCAGGAUGGAGUGGCAGAAGAGGAGGGGACUGUGGAACUGGGACCGAAAUGCCUGUGGAAGCAUGACGCGGGCCAGGUAGAAGAGCUGCAGGAGCUCCUGGAGAAGCAGAACUUUGAGUUGAGCCAGGCCCGGGAGCGACUGGUCACCCUGACAGCAACCGUGGCCGAACUUGAGGAGGACCUGGGCACGGCCCGCCGGGACCUUAUCAAGUCGGAGGAGCUGAGCAGCAAACAUCAGCGGGACCUCCGGGAAGCUCUAGCCCAGAAGGAGGACAUGGAGGAGCGAAUAACCACACUGGAGAAGCGCUACCUGGCUGCUCAGCGUGAGGCUACAUCGAUUCAUGACCUCAACGACAAACUGGAGAAUGAGCUGGCCAAUAAGGAGUCCCUGCACCGCCAGUGUGAGGAGAAAGCCCAACAUCUGCAGGAGCUGCUGGAGGUAGCAGAGCAGAAACUGCAGCAGACGAUGCGCAAGGCUGAGACACUGCCAGAGGUGGAGGCUGAGCUGGCCCAGAGAAUUGCAGCCCUCACCAAGGCUGAAGAGCGGCAUGGCAACAUUGAGGAGCACCUGCGGCAGCUGGAGGGACAGCUGCAGGAAAAGAACCAAGAGCUGGCAAGGGUGCGGCAGCGGGAGAAGAUGAACGAGGACCACAACAAGCGACUGUCAGACACUGUGGACCGACUGCUUAGCGAGUCGAAUGAGCGCCUGCAGCUCCACCUCAAGGAGCGCAUAGCGGCCCUGGAGGAGAAGAACACACUGAUCCAAGAGCUGGAGAGCUCCCAGCGGCAGAUUGAAGAGCAGCACCAUCACAAGGGCCGCCUGUCUGAAGAGAUUGAGAAGCUGCGCCAAGAGGUGGACCAGCUGAAGGGUCGAGGAGGGCCAUUUGUGGAUGGCAUCCACUCCAGGGCGCACAUAGGCAGUGCAGCAGAUGUGCGGUUCUCCCUGAGCACAACCUCCCACGCACCUCAAGGUCUGCAUCGUUGCUACUCAGCACUGCGGGAAGAGUCUGCCAAGGACUGGGAGCCAUCUCCACUGCCUGGGGUGCUGGUCCCCACAGCCACCCCUGCCUUUGACAGUGACCCUGAGAUCUCUGAUGUGGAUGAGGAUGAGCCAGGGGGUCUGGUGGGCUCCAUGGACGUUGUCUCCCCCAGCAGCCACUCAGACGCCCAGACCCUGGCCAUGAUGCUGCAGGAGCAGCUGGAUGCUAUCAAUGAGGAGAUCAGGAUGAUCCAGGAAGAGAAGGAGUCCACAGAGCUCCGUGCUGAGGAGAUUGAGACACGAGUGACUAGUGGCAGCAUGGAGGCCCUAAACCUGACCCAGCUGCGCAAACGUGGUUCCAUCCCCACCUCUCUGACUGCCCUGUCCCUGGCCAGCGCGUCCCCUCCAUUCAGCGGCCGCUCCACACCUAAGCUUACUUCCCGCAGUGCUACCCAGGACCUGGACCGAAUGGGGGUCAUGACCUUGCCCAGUGACUUAAGAAAGCAUAGGAGGAAGCUGCUGUCACCAGUGUCUCGGGAAGAGAACAGAGAGGAUAAAGCCACCAUAAAAUGUGAGACUUCUCCUCCUUCCUCACCCAGGACGCUGCAGCUAGAGAAGCUUGGCCACCCAGCCCUGAGCCAGGAAGAAGGCAAGAGUGCUUUGGAGGAUCCAGGCAGCAACCCCAGCAGCAGCAACAGCAGCCAGGACUCCUUGCACAAGGGCGCCAAGCGCAAGGGCAUCAAAUCAUCCAUCGGCCGCCUGUUUGGGAAGAAGGAGAAAGGCAGGCUGAUCCAGCUGAGCCAGGACGGAGCCACGGGCCAUGUUCUGCUAACAGACUCUGAGCUCGGUCUGCAGGAGCCCAUGGUACCUACCAAGCUGGGGACCCAGGCAGAAAAGGACCGGCGGCUGAAGAAGAAACACCAGCUGCUUGAAGAUGCCCGCAGAAAAGGAAUGCCCUUUGCCCAGUGGGACGGCCCUACUGUGGUCUCCUGGCUAGAGCUCUGGGUGGGGAUGCCUGCUUGGUAUGUGGCAGCCUGCCGGGCCAACGUCAAGAGUGGUGCCAUCAUGUCAGCCCUCUCGGACACAGAGAUCCAGCGGGAAAUUGGCAUCAGCAAUGCCCUGCACCGGCUCAAGCUCCGGCUGGCUAUCCAGGAGAUGGUGUCACUGACCAGCCCCUCUGCCCCACCCACCUCCAGGACUUCUUCUGGGAAUGUCUGGGUCACCCAUGAAGAGAUGGAAACUCUGGCAACAUCCACUAAAACAGACAGUGAGGAGGGCAGCUGGGCUCAGACCCUGGCCUAUGGGGACAUGAACCACGAGUGGAUUGGGAACCAGUGGCUGCCCAGCCUGGGGCUCCCCCAGUACCGCAGCUACUUCAUGGAGUGCCUUGUGGACGCUCGCAUGCUGGAUCACCUCACCAAGAAGGACCUGCGGGUCCAUCUGAAGAUGGUGGACAGCUUCCACCGAACCAGUCUUCAGUAUGGCAUCAUGUGUCUGAAGAGGCUGAAUUAUGACCGGAAGGAGCUGGAGAAGAGGCGGGAAGAAAGCCAGCAUGAGAUCAAGGAUGUGCUGGUCUGGACCAACGACCAGGUGGUUCAUUGGGUCCAGUCUAUUGGGCUCCGGGACUAUGCAGGAAACCUGCAUGAGAGUGGUGUGCAUGGUGCUCUGCUGGCCCUGGACGAGAACUUCGACCACAAUGCGUUGGCCCUGGUCCUCCAGAUACCCACGCAGAAUACCCAGGCACGCCAGGUGAUGGAGAGAGAGUUCAACAACCUGUUGGCCUUGGGCACAGACCGGAAGCUGGAUGAUGGGGAGGACAAGGUGUUCCGCCGCGCGCCCUCCUGGAGGAAACGCUUCCGGCCACGGGACCACCACGGCAGCGCCAUGCUCAGCGCCUCUCGCGAAACGCUCCCGGUAGGCUUCCGCGUGUCCACGCUGGGGCCACUGAAGCCUCCACCGGCCCCGCCAAAGAAGAUCAUGCCUGAAGCUCACUCUCACUAUCUCUACGGACACAUGCUCUCCGCCUUCCGGGACUAGCUACAGCCCCCCAAGGCCAGCUUUCUCCUGCUUGGUUUCCCAGGCUCGGAGAGCCCUUAACCCUCCUGCUCGGUCCCCUUACUCCACGGCUCCUAGUCUCGUAUCUCAGAAUAUACUCUCUACCCCCUAGCCAUCCCACUACCCCAAGUCCAACGUGUGUCCCUUGUAAGGCUCUCUGGAAUGUGGCUGGGUUUCCUGGUGUUGUGGAGGCAACCAGGUUGUGGGUCUGCGGGAGGGAGAGGAAGGCAGCCCAAGAUGAAUGGACUCCACCUUCUCUCUUCUGCAUCUAGCUGGUCUGGACUGCAAACUCCACCAGAGACCAGGACACGCGUCAAGGGCUGGGGAUGGCCCUUCCACGAAAAUGGCACUUCAGACUGCCUUGCUUGGGUUAUUUGGCUUUCUGGUUUCUAGUUUGGUUGUACUAGAUGGUCUACAUCUGCUUUUGGCACCCUCGCCAUUAUCCCUCCCCCAACUCAUCUGCAUAGCUGCAGCUCCUGCCUCAUCUCCAGGACCUCCUUGGGGGCUGGGAAGGGCUGUAGAAGGCCCCAUUCUUCCUCAGGAUGAUGAACCUGGGAAGAGGGAAGGCUAAGGUGGAGAUUCUAGGCCCUGGUUUAAGUUGAAUCCCAAACACCAAGCAUAAGGAUGGGGAAACUCAGCCCUCCUGCCCAGUGAGAGGUGCAGGGAGGUCAGCUAGAGGGAGAGCCAAUGGCCUGUGGUAGCCUUAAGCCCAAAUGGCAGCGGGAAUGCCUCCUGCCCCAACUGUAGGGUAGAGCUGCUGCUGGGCUGGGGGGAGGGGGAAUUGUGUGGAUCUUGGCUCUGGAUCAAGCUAACCUUGCACUGCCAGCUAUGCUCCCAAUAUUCCUUCCCUUUCUGUCCCCGUUUGCCCCACUUCUUUGAUAAUCCCAGCCCCAUAAGAAUAUACCUAAUGGGUGGAUUGAGUAUAUACAUUGACCUUAAAGUCUGGUUUGAGAAAAAGGUAAUCUGAGGCUUCCUUCCUCUGAUCUCCUAGGAAGAAAAUAAAGCUUCCCCUCUAGUGAAUCAUGUCCUAGGUCCAGGAAAUCCAGUGUUGGUGAAGACUGUCAUUCUCCUGCUUGUCCCCAAACCACUACCCCUUGUUCAGGGCUCUUUUGGUGUGCAGGGACUGCUUUGUCCAGAAAUUCCUGAGACCUGCCCAGUUUCAGUUGCUUUCCCCAGUAGCACGGCAGCAUCCAGGGCCGAGGGAUACAGGUCCCACUUUGGUAGGAAUGUUAUUUCCAAGAAAUCCCUCUUCUUAACCCAUGUACUCAUCCUGCCAAGGUGCCUGGAAGUGUUUGGGACCCAAGUUCAGGGUGAGCUGAUGGAACCUAAGGUUUCAUCCAAGUGAAAGGAGAGGAAAAGUGCCUGAAGCAUGUUUCCUGGAGAGGAGCCAGUGAAGUGCCACCCUGCAGGUGGCUGAGCAGCUGGUUUGCAAGCUGAUGACUUGGAUUCUGAGUGGUGGCAAGGCUAGCAGAUGGGAUGAUGGGUCAGAGCACCCUGUCCAGAAGGAGUGCUGGAGCCUGGGGCAGUACCAGGCUUACAGGUUUCUGCUGCUUUUCAGUAGAGGAGAGGCCCACCAGUGGUGGGGCUGGGUGGGCUCCCAUGGAUAUGGGCAAGGCAUCCAACUUCCCUUGCUCUCCCUCAUUGUUCCCUGCCCUUCCUGUCUGUCAGGCCACUGGGAAUGGAGCUGGAGGAGUUCUUGAGCAGAAAAUAAGUUGGAUGGAGAGAAAGAGCUCCUAUCCCUGGUUAAUGGAUGUUAAGAUUAUGGAGAAACCCCAGAUUCCUAAGAUUGGUGAAGCUGGAGACCACAAGGCCAUCUGACUCCUUCAGGGAACUCUGAUAGGCUAGCAUAGUGGGAAAUUCAGCCCCAGCCUCUCCUCUACAACUCAACCCUAUCUUAUUUCGUCAUGUCAUAAGGCAGCAGCUGGCAGGACCCAGGUCUGUUCGGGGCAUCUUGGGAUUAUUGCAGGGAGGUGAUGCAUACAGUGAUGGAAGGCUCUUGUCUUGGUGUAUCCCUUGCCUCACAGUCAAUGUACUUUUUAUCUGGGGAGUCACUUGUGACCCAUACCCCCUCACCAGCCUCCUGUAUCUUGUCAGGUCUCUUCUCAGUACCAUACUGCUGGCACAGUGCAUCAGGAAUGGGUGUAUGGGUGUGUAUGAGUGUGAGUGUGUGUGUGUACAUACCAAUAAAUAACCUGGUUUUGAGACAACAUACAAA